GAAGUUGAACCAUGGAUCUCAAUCUUUUCUAGUCCAUUAUAUACUGAAUGCGGGUAGUAGGGUCCUCUGCAGGCUUCGGUAUAGAUCUCCUAACGUGCCGCAUGAUGCUUAUGGAGAUGAUGAGAUACAACGUCGAACUGGCGAUCCUCAAAGACGCGCUCUGUAUUUGGCCUGCUCCCUGCCCCUGUCGGCCCUGCCUUUGUUACAAGAGGGCGGGGGGAUAUUUUGCUCGCUAUUUCUCUCCAGUUUCACUCAUGUGUUUCCACCGUAACGCUAAGCGGCUGCUAUACCUCGGGCUCUGUUGGUCAUACUAUUGUGAUUCGUCGAAUUAUCCCAGAUUGAUGUCCACAACCGCAUUCUCUCUGACUUCCACUCAUUUCUGCAGCCUCGAUUCUCUUGGAUACUGCUGUUGCUGCAGGUAGCGAUG